GCGCGUGCUCGUGGGAGCCCGGCGAGUACCUGGAGGAGGCGGGGGGCGAGGAAGGAAGGAGUCGGGUCGGAGAGCGCUCAUGCGGGAGGGCUACUGUGCGGGGAGAGGGGCUCCUGAGCACGCGCGCGGCGACGAGACUGUGGGAACUCUCGCGAGAUCUCCUGGUGCUUUAUGUGGACGCCGAGGGCUCGCGUCCUUUCCCGGGUGCGGUUCCAUCGUGCAUCGCAGAGGCCGUUUCUCUCCGCCCGCCUUCUCUCUCACCUGAGUGCGUGCUACCGCCCCCUGGAAGGUUGUAUGGACAUGGACAUGAGCCCUCUGAGGCCCUAGAACUGCCUUUUCGGUUGUGAACUAAAAGCCGACAAAGAUUAUCACUUUAAGGUGGAUAAUGAUGAAAAUGAGCACCAAUUAUCUUUACAAAUGGUCAGGUUAGGGGCCGGUGCAAAGGAUGCAAAGUGGACAGCACUUAGUAGCUGUGGAGGAAGAUGCAGUCAGAAGAUGACGAGGAGGAGGAUGUGAAACUCAUGUCUGGAAAGCGUUCUGCCCCUGGAGGUGGUAGCAGGGUUCCGCAGAAAAAAGUAAAACUUGCUGUUGAUGAGGAUGAUGAGGACGAUGAUGAUGAGGAUGAUGACGAUGAAGACCCUUUGUAUUCAGCAUGUCUCUAUCGAAAUCAAGUGGUAGUAAAAAUAAACGAAAAAUUGCUGAUGAACAUCGAAAUUUCCAAGAAAAGUGGGAAUUGGAGUAUUUUUGCUGUGAAGUAAAAAAUAAAAUAAUCUGCUUGAUAUGUAAUAAUGCUAUUAGCGUACCAAAGUUAUACAACAUUAAUCGUCACUAUGAACAACAUAAGUCAAAGUAUGAUAAUUACGAGGGAUUAAUGAGAGAAGAAAAGUUGAAAGAGCUCAAGUUGGGGCUGAAUAAACAGCAGUUCAUGGUGACUAAAGUAUCUCAAGAAAGUGAAGCGGCGGUGCAUGCAAGCUACGUCUUGUCGGAGUUGAUAGCUAAACACUCGAAACCUUUUACUGAAGGUGGUUUCAUCAAGGAAUGUCUCAUUAAAGCUGCAGAAAUUAUUUGUCCUGGAAAUGUGAAGUCUUUUCAGAGAAUCUCUUUGUCUCGAAAUACAGUUGCGGAAAGAGUUACUGAUUUGGCUGACAAUUUAAGUAUUCAGAUCAAAGCAAAAUCACCUAGUUUCGAAGCUUUCUCCAUUGCCUGUGACGAGAGUACGGACAUUGGAGGCGUGGCUCAGUUAGCUGUGUUUCUUCGUGCUUGCGACACGGAUUUCAACAUUUUUGAGGAGUUGUUGGAACUAGUACCGAUGCAUAACACUAGUACAGGACAAGAUAUAUUUAAUUGUGUUUUUAAACUUCUGCAAAAAUACAAUCUACCUCUCUCAAAAUUAACUUCUGCAGCUACAGAUGGAGCUCCUUCGAUGACCGGAAACAAUGGUUUCGUGGAAUUACUGCAAAAAAAACAAAGUGAAAUUUAUGACGGAUCCAUGAUUCAUCAUACACAUUGCAUUAUACAUCAAGAAGUAUUAUGCGCAAAGGUAAUAAACAUGGAAAAUGUGUUGACAUCUAUCAAAAAAAUUAUCAAUUUCAUAAGAUCUCGAAGUUUAAAUCAGCCACAGUUCUCUGCUUUCUUAAGUGAAUUAGACAGCGAAUAUUCCAGUUUGUCCUAUACCGAGGUACGUUGGCUCUCCUGCUCCAAGGUUCUUAAACAAUUCUGGGACUUGAAAGAAGAAAUAUGUCAGUUCUUAAUGUCUAAAAAUCAAGACACAAGCCUAUUUUUUGACACAAUAUGGUUGCAGGAUUUAUCCUUCAUGGUUGAUAUAACAAAACAUUUGUAUGAUUUAAACUUAAAAUUGCAAGGAAGAGAUCAGAUUAUUACAAACAUGUGUGACCAAGUCAAAGCAUUUAAAUGUAAGCUAGUUCUUUGGGAAAAGCAGUUGAAAAAUGAAGAUUUAACGCACUUUCCAACAUGCAACAUGAACAAAUCAAGUUUAGGUGAAACUGCGUCGUAUCAAAAAUACGCAGAAAAAAUUUUAAGCCUUAGAACUGAAUUUGAAACAAGGUUUGCAGAUUUUAAAUUUUUGGAGGACAAGUUUUCUUUGUUUUCUUCGAUUUUUUCAAUAAAUAUAGACUUAGUACCUAAUCAAAUGCAAAUGGAGGUAAUUGAGAUCCAGUGCAAUUCAGAUUUGAAGGCAAAAUUCAGUGAAGUUGGCGUGCCUGAAUUUUACAAAUAUUUACCUGCCAGGUUUGAAAAUACUCGAAAAUUUGCAUAUGAAAUUAUUUCCAUGUUUGGAAGUACUUAUCUGUGUGAGCAGUUAUUUACAGUUAUGAAAGGAAAUAAGUCUCCUGUCAGAUCCAGAAUUAGUGAUGUUCACCUUGGGUCAGUUUUGAAAAUAAUCACUGCGAACAAGAUUUCCCCCGAAGUAGGAAAGAUAGUAGCAGAGAAGAGAUGCCAAGUGUCAGGAAGAAAACAUUAAUUAUAUCAUUGCUUUUUUUUUUUUAUACUAUACUAUUUGAAAUAAAUCUACAUUUCUAUGAAAAUUGA